AUGUGGCUACACUGGUGCCCAGACGAGCACUCAGCUUCUCCAUCGUGCCCUGAAAGCAGCACACAUGGCCAGCAGAUGGGCUGCCCCCAGCGAAGCUUGGCACAAGAAACUCCUCCCCACAUUUCCACCUUUUCUUAUGCCGCCAUCUGGAAUUCUCCAGCCCUUACAGAGUCUCUGGCAAAUCCUCGAGAAUCUACGAAGCCAGAAGGCCUGGGGGUGCAAGGUGUUAUGCUGAGUUCAGUGUGUGCCAGUGGCGGGUGUACCUCUAAGACUUCAGCUUUUAAAUUCUGUUGUUUAGUCUGCCUUGUUCAUCCCAUUCAUGUGAGCUGGACAUUGGACACUUCCCCCUCCGUUGGCCUCAUUCAGCUUGGGCAGGAGCAGGUGCUAAUCCAGCCCCUCAACAACUCCCAGGGCCCAUUCAGUGGACGAGAGCAUCUGAUCAGGCGCAAAUGGUCUUUGACUCCCAACCCUUCUGCCGAGGCUCAGAGAUCUGGGCAGCUCUGCAAGGUUCUAACAGAAAAGAAGAAGCCGAGGCGGGGCAGGCCUUCGCGGGACUGGCGGGAGCGGAGGAACGCCAUCCAGCUCACCAGCGAGCACACGGUGGAGACCCUGGUGGUGGCCGACGCCGACAUGGUGCAGUACCACGGGGCCGAGGCCGCCCAGAGGUUCAUCCUGACCGUCAUGAACAUGGUAUACAAUAUGUUUCAGCACCAGAGCCUGGGGAUUAAAAUUAACAUUCAAGUGACCAAGCUUGUCCUGCUACGACAACGUCCGGCUAAGUUGUCCAUUGGGCACCAUGGUGAGCGGUCCCUGGAGAGCUUCUGUCACUGGCAGAAUGAGGAGUAUGGAGGAGCACGGUACCUUGGCAAUAACCAGGUUCCCGGCGGGAAGGAUGACCCACCCCUGGUGGAUGCUGCUGUGUUUGUGACCAGGACAGAUUUCUGUGUACACAAAGAUGAACCGUGUGACACUGUUGAUCUGAGAGCAAGGUGUCAAGAAGCAACCAGCCAACUCCUCCUGCUUUGUUAUUUGGGGGCUGUCUCCAUGAGGGAAUUGCUAGCCAAAGGCCAUGUGAAGUAUGCUUCCCUGGAGGGCUGGCUGACACAGGCCCAGGCCCCUGGUGAAGAGCAGGCAGCUGCUUCAAAUCAAGCAUCUUCUCCUUUCCUAAGCCACAUCACCAUACUACUUUUUAUUGGUUUGCUUGGGCUGCCAUAG